AAACCAGUACAUUAUUUAACUUAUAAAGUGAAAGAAUACCGUAAAGCAAAAUGAAUAAAUUAUUUUUAUUGUUUGUGAUCGCUGUUUACAGCGUCAAUGCAUACACACUUGAAGGAGCUAGCAGGAUUAUAGGAGGAUCAUACAGAAGUAAUAUAAAUUAUGUGAUAUCAUUACAAGAGAAACAAUCAACACCAACCUACGAAAGAGGUCACAAAUGUGGAGGUGUAUUAAUUACUCGACAGAAUGCAUUGACAGCUGCUUCUUGCGUUUUCAAUAACAAUGGACAACUGAUCAACGUAACCAACUUCAGAGUAUUCGCUGGGACAGUUCUUACAAAUGAUAAUGCAGAUAACGUUCGCGACAUAGCAAGUAUAACUGUCCACCCGGAAUAUAACAGGCAGACUUUUGUCAACGACAUUGCUGUUAUUACUCUACAAGCUGCUUUCCCGGAAGCAAUAAACCCCUUGCCAAUGCCGACUGCUGCAUUAUCUUAUCCUGUGACACAGCCAUGUGAGUCUUCCGGUUUUGGAGGUCGUAAUGCAACAGCCACUGCAAGUGCGCAAUUGAUAACAUUAACACCAAUAAUUCCGUUUUCAAGUGAAGUCUGCAACCCAAUGAUACCACAGAUGACAGUUGUACCAAGCAUGGUUUGUGGGUCUUCGGUUGGUGGUGGAUGUGAGGGUGAUAUAGGAAACCCAUUAGUGUGCAACACACAGACCGCUCCGGUUCUCGAGGGCUUACUUUCUAGAAGAAACAAUUGUGUGGUUGAUGAUACCACCCCUGAAGUGUACACUCGAGUUUUCUCAUUCACAACAUGGAUAAAUGAAGUUAUCUCUCCUAUGACCACUAGUACAUCUGCUCCUACUUCAUCCUCUGCUACACCCAGUAGCACGUCCGAUCCUACUUCAUCCUCUUCCACAACCACAACUACGCCUGCUCCUACUUCAUCCUCUACCACAACCAGUAGUACGCCCGAUCCUAUUAUUACCUCUAGUACAACCACUACUUCGUCCGAACCUACCUCUAAUACUACGCUAGCUCCUACUUCAUCCUCUACCACAACCACUACUACGCCUGCUUCUACUUCAUCCUCUACUACAACCACUACUACGGCUGCUUCUACUUCAUCCUCUACCACAACCACUACUACGGCUGCUCCUACUACAUCCUCUACUACAACCACUACUACGCCUGCUCCUACUACAUCCUCUACCACAACCACUACUACGCCUGCUCCUACUACAUCCUCUAGUACAACCACUACUUCGCCUGAACCUACAUCCAAUACUACGCUAGCUCCUACUUCAUCCUCUACCACAACCACUACUACGCCUGCUUCUACUUCAUCCUCUACCACAACCACUACUACGCCUGCUCCUACUACAUCCUCUACCACAACCACUACUACGGCUGCUCCUACUACAUCCUCUACCACAACCACUACUUCGCCUGAACCUACAUCCAAUACUACGCUAGCUCCUACUUCAUCCUCUACCACAACCACUACUACGCCUGCUUCUACUUCAUCCUCUACCACAACCACUACUACGCCUGCUCCUACUACAUCCUCUACCACAACCACUACUACGGCUGCUCCUACUACAUCCUCUACCACAACCACUACUUCGCCUGAACCUACAUCCAAUACUACGCUAGCUCCUACUUCAUCCUCUACCACAACCACUACUACGCCUGCUUCUACUUCAUCCUCUACCACAACCACUACUACGCCUGCUCCUACUACAUCCUCUACCACAACCACUACUACGGCUGCUCCUACUACAUCCUCUACCACAACCACUACUUCGCCUGAACCUACAUCCAAUACUACGCUAGCUCCUACUUCAUCCUCUACCACAACCACUACUACGCCUGCUUCUACUUCAUCCUCUACCACAACCACUACUACGCCUGCUCCUACUACAUCCUCUACCACAACCACUACUACGGCUGCUCCUACUACAUCCUCUACCACAACCACUACUUCGCCUGAACCUACAUCCAAUACUACGCUAGCUUCUACUUCAUCCUCUACCACAACCACUACUACGCCUGCUUCUACUUCAUCCUCUACCACAACCACAACUACGCCUGCUCCUACUACAUCCUCUACCACAACCACUACUACGCCUGCUCCUACUACAUCCUCUACCACAACCACUACUUCGCCUGAACCUACAUCCAAUACUACGCUAGCUCCUACUUCAUCCUCUACCACAACCACUACUACGCCUGCUUCUACUUCAUCCUCUACCACAACCACAACUACACCUGCUCCUACUACAUCCUCUACCACAACCACUACUACGCCUGCUCCUACUACAUCCUCUACCACAACCACUACUUCGCCUGAACCUACAUCCAAUACUACGCUAGCUCCUACUUCAUCCUCUACCACAACCACAACUACGCCUGCUUCUACUACAUCCUCUACCACAACCACUACUACGCCUGCUCCUACUACAUCCUCUACCACAACCACUACUUCGCCUGAACCUACAUCCAAUACUACGCUAGCUCCUACUUCAUCCUCUACCACAACCACAACUACGCCUGCUUCUACUUCAUCCUCUACCACAACCACUACUACGCCUGCUCCUACUACAUCCUCUACCACAACCACAACUACGCCUGCUUCUACUUCAUCCUCUACCACAACCACUACUACGCCUGCUCCUACUACAUCCUCUACCACAACCACAACUACGCCUGCUUCUACUUCAUCCUCUACCACAACCACUACUACGCCUGCUCCUACUACAUCCUCUACUACAACCAGUACUACAUCCGUGUCUACUUCACCUGCUCCGAGUACACCCGCUCCUACUACAACCGAUCUUACUACAGUCGAUCCUACUAUAACAGAUCCUACUACAACCGAUGCUACCACACCUUACCCGGGAUCGGCAUCGACAUCACAACUCGGAACUACGGUAGCACUUUUUGUGGUUAUCCAAUGCUUCAUAAUUUAUUAAAAAUAUAAUAUUUUU